GUUGUCAUAAAUCGUUGAUGAGAAUUACUUUUCGUCCUCCCCAAUCUUAUUUAGUAUAGUCUAAUAUAUUAUAAUUUAUGCAUAUUUUAAGAACCAAAAAAAACACUUCUAUUUUUCUGAUAAUAUCUCCCCAUUUGAACAAUUGUGAAAGAACUGUCAUAAGUGGAUUGAUUAUUGCCACCGGCGUAAGAGAGAGAGCGCACACAAUGGACCACCAGAGAAACAACGAGAGCACGUGCUCGGUCUGAGACUGAAAGCACCACAGCGGGGCCAAAGCCCUUUGGCUAGAGUUGCUGACAAGGUGUAACCCUUUACAUCAGGAACCCAUCACCCACCGCCACCCCUUCCCCUCCUGUCCUAUCCUGGGCAACCCAUUUUGCUUCCCUACUGACUGACUGACUGACUGACUGACUGACCGACAAGGGGGGUCGUCCCCAUGCACCUAAAGGUACAAACUCCCAGUAAACAGUCACAACGUUACCAACAUCAGACAGGACGUCAACAGGAGUUCCUGAGAAAUCUCCCUGCUUUUUCAUCGGUCAACAGCUUUUAUUUUCGGAAUUGGCAGGCAGGCAGAAGCAGCCGAGCGUCACAGGAAGAACCCUAAAAGCACUCAGCUCAGCAGGUCUACAGAGUACCGAGGGCCCAACAGGGAGGACGUGAUGGUCGAGAGUGACAGAGAGUUGUCCUCCAUGGCGCAGGCGCUGUGGGACAAUGACGUCAACCGGCUCCAGCCUGGCAAAGACUACAGGAUCUCUCUUCAGGGUAAAGCCGGAGAGAUGGCCGUGCUCAACGACGACAACGACGGGGCUGGGUACCCCCUCUUCACCUUCGUGGAUGAAAACAUCUUCAAGAAAGAGACCUUUUUAGCUUUCAUUUCUCUCCUGGAUAACUACGUGAGUGCUACCGGAGAGCCCGAGAUAGUGACCCCAGAGGAGGAGGCGGAGAACCACAAGUUCCUGGACUCCCUCGUCCAGACGCCCACCAUGAAGAUAGCCCAUAAGUACCUUGUGGAUAAGAAACUCUCUCCGGAGAACGAGACAGACUUUAAGAAGCAGCUGUACACGAUCUGGUUUGAACUUUACGCCCGGAAAGGAGCCAGCAGGCCAGACUCCUCGGGGUUCGAGCAUGUGUUUGUCGGUGAGACCAGACGCGGCCGCACUGUCAUUGGAUUCCACAACUGGAUCCAGCUGUACCUGCAGGAGAAGCUGGGCCACAUCGACUACAAAGGCUACAGUGUCAACGCCAACUCCCCACAGCCCGACGAGAACAAGCACAUCAUGGCCCUGCAGUUCAGCUGGAAGGAAGGCUUCAAGCCCAAGGGCAGCAUCUUCAUCGGGGUCAGUCCUGAGUUUGAGUUCGCCCUCUACACCCUCUGUUUCCUGAGCUCCCCCAACGAGCGCGUCAAGGUUCAGUUCAGCCUGUACGACGUGGAGGUCGUCUGCGUCCACCACAACCAGAAGCACAUCGGCACCACCUACCCAAUGCUGAUCAGAUACCAGAACCUCCACCAGUGAGCCGCCGCUUCAACCCUCACAGACAGUCGAGUCCUUUCACGGCUUAUAUAAAGAGUGUCACUGGUGUUGUUGAUGUCUUUUUAUUACAAAGUUAAAGAUACAAUAAAACUUCACCAGACCCCA